AUGUCAGGAGAUCGGACUAGAGGAGGGUCCAGCCAGGAACCAGGAAUAAGGAUGGAUGGAAAGGACUUGGUAGAGCAGCCCGGAAAGACGUGCCAAUCAGCCCACACUGGGGAACGAUGGGCAGGGAGCUUUUCGCUGAACUUCACGCUGCCAGCGAAUACGACUCCCUCUCCAGUUGCCCCGAGUGCCAAAGCCAACGACUGUGGUCCCUCUAUUGGACUAGCAGCUGGAAUCCCGUCUCUGCUGGCCACAGCCCUGCUGGUGGCCUUGCUGUUUACCUUGAUUCAGAGGAGAAGAAGCGUGGAUGAACCCUUUGAGGAAAGUGAGAGACCAUGCGAAAUUUCAGAACUCUAAGACAAUCCCAAAGUCUCUGAGAAUCCUAGGCGGUCACCCACACAUGAGAUGGACCCACGAGGUGCCCAGGAAGGCCACAUAUAUGUGAAGACAGUCUCUGGAAGUGAGGAGCCCUUGCCUGACGCUUACCGUCGUCCUGAAGAAAUAGAGAGAAGGAGAGGACUGUGGUGGCUGGUGCCCAGACUGAGCCUAGAAUGAUGUGGAUUCAUCAGGGAGCUGACCCGGAACUGG